CGGUGACGUCAUACAUGCUGCACAUUGAAGAAUCCCAUGAUGCUUUGCGAUUCAAGAUGUCGUACGCGACGAGCGGGAUGAGUCACUAAUGGGGUCUUUUUAAUCAGUCGUCAUCCCGGUAAGAAUUCCACUAUUUGUCUCCAACUCGACAGAAAUUGAGCUCUAAUAGCUGAUGCUCCGAAACAAUUCAUGGAAUGCGUGAUCCUCGUCCAGAAACGAACGGAGUCGACCCCAUGAGCUCCAGUGCAGAAAUGAGUGACAAUGCAUGGGAUGACUCGCGCAUUGCCCAGCAAAGUUCAGGUGUCCAUCGAGCCCAGCAGCAAGGAGGUCCGGUAGCACCCCAGCGAGCCCGAGAUGAUGCAGCUGUGGGGUAUUUCUACCAACGUCCUGGUAAUGAUAUGGGGGCUGAUGGAGGACAACCAGGUAACAAACAACGCUGGGCAGUGGGUGAUGAUAGCGUGAUUGAUCAGGUGCGAUCAGGUGAUGUUGGUAAGGUGAACAAUAUGUUCCAAGCUCUCCAGAUAGGCAACGAUGGAAGAGAGUUUGACGUUUCGACUAAGAAGUUCUGGGACAAUGAUGAAAACAAGGGGGAUGUGUUCUUGAACCAGUGGCCUGGCCCUGGCAGUCAAACAUGGGGAGUGCCUACAUCCGGUAAGAUGGACAAGGACCAUGCAGUAUCACAGCCAAUCAUGGUACAGCGUCGUCUAUCUCCAGCUACCUAUCAGGGACAGGAAAGUACUGUGUUGUCCCCACGAUCAGACACCGGUGGGUUAGGAUUGAGCAUGGCAGAGUAUGUCUUAGCAACAUCACCACAGGGCAAAGCGGAUAUGGAAGGCAAACUCAACCACCGCAUGAAAACAGGAUUUCCUGGACCAGGCCCAGCUGGUGAUGCAGACCCAACUGGCAAGAAUGGCACCAAGAAGAGUAAAACACCGUCUCCAUUUGAAGAUGAAGGAGAAGAGAAGAAUGGAGUAGAGAACAAUGGUCUUCCACACAAGGAAGAAGAUGGUUCCUACAUGCGUAAUCCAGGUAGCCGUAAUGCCUCCCCAACUGAGACUGAAGAUCCUCGCCUACAGCAUGCUCAUCAGAACCCCAACAUGCCUCCUGAUUCCUCCCAUCAUCAGCAGCAACCUCAACAACAACAACAGCAACAACAACAACAGCAGCACCGGGCAAUGUAUCAGCAGCACACUCGUAAUCAACAGGCUACUGCACAUCAUGGCUUGACUCAGCAGGAGGUAGCGUACAUUGAACAGCAGCAACAACAACAGCAGCAGCAGCAACAGCAGCAACAGGUACCUGGACAGCUUCAGAUUGACACGGGACAAAUGGACUCUGGUAGUAACAUGGGGGACCAGCUACAAUUUGACUACACAGCCCAGCAGAUGGUGCCUAGUAUGGAUAGUCCUAGCUAUGUAGACUACUCACAAGGGCAGCCUGGUUCAGUGCAGAUGUUCCAGCAGCGGCAAGCAACACCGCAGGCAAUCACUGUGCAGCAGUUAACACCACAACAGCAGCAGCAGUAUGCCAUUGCUGCAGCAGCACAGCAACAGCAACUGGGUUUGGCACAGACUGCCUUUGCUCCCAAUCCAUACAUCAUAGCUGGGGCUCCCAAUGGCCAGGAUCCAUACUCUGUUGCCAUCCCAGGUGGCGCAACUGUUGUACAGCCACAGUACUAUGGUGUGGCCCCAUGGAGCGUGUAUCCAGUUGGUAUCAUACAACAACAACAAGGUCAACAACAACAAGGGCAGCAACAACAGCCUCAACAACAACAACAACAACAACAGGUACGUGGACAAAAUGGCCGCCCAAUGACUCCACAACAGCAACAACAACAGCAGCAACAACAGCCACAAGGGGACCAAGCUGGUAACCAGGCUACUAACAACCAAGCUGCAGCCAUGGCACAGGCACAAGCACAGGCCCUGCAAGCUGGUUACCAAGUGCUUGCACCAGCCUAUUAUGACCAAACCGGUGCCCUGAUCAUCAACCCUAGACCAGGAACAGUUGGUGCACCCAUGCGCCUUGUGUCACCAGCACCUGUCAUUGUCAGUGCUCCACAACAAGCCUCUGUAAUGAACGGCCUACCUGCCAAUGGUUUUCGUCUGAUGGGUAACCAACAGCAAGGUCAACAACAAGGCCCAGCAGCAUUGUCUAUGUAUGGUAGUAAUGCCAUGGCUUCCAACGCCCCACAGAACAACGCAGGUAGCUUGGGUACAUACACACCAACCAGCUCAGUCUUUAGUAAUGGCAGCAUUGGGGCUGUCGGCUCAUCUGUUGGCCCUAUUGGAACCAGCUUGGGUUCUUCUGGUCCGGACUCUCCUACAGCACGUCGUGAUUCUCUGACGGGUAGUGACUACAAGCGCCAAGGCCUGUCCAUGAGUCAGUUCUAUGGCAGCUCACCCCAGCUGGGACCUAUAGGAAUGCCAUCUGCUGGAGGGUCUCUCACCCCACCACCAUCACAAAGUGGAUUAGGUGGACUUGGACUUGAUAACCUGUUGACUGCACCAAGUUCCUCAUGGGAUCGUACACUUCAGAAGAGAGACUGGGGGGCUGGGAGAGCUGUCAAUCCAGCGGCACCCUUUGGGUCAGAGGUGAAGUUCCGUAGUGGAGCUGCCACUACCUCCAGCGGUUGGUCCAACACCCUCUUCCCCCCUCGUAGCCUUCGUAGCUCUGCCUACAUGGAGAAGAGUGCUCCUGGACGUAGUCGACUGCUGGAAGACUUCCGCAACAAUCGCUUCCCCAACCUUCAGUUGCGGGAUCUGUCUGGUCACAUUGUGGAGUUCUCACAGGAUCAACAUGGAUCCCGGUUCAUUCAGCAGAAACUAGAGAGGGCUACUUCCUCAGAGAGACAAAUGGUGUUUAGUGAGAUACUAGGAGCAGCCUACAGCCUGAUGACUGAUGUCUUUGGUAACUAUGUCAUCCAGAAGUUCUUUGAGUUUGGCACCACAGAGCAGAAGCAGGCAUUGGCCCAGCGUAUCCGAGGCCAUGUCCUGCCAUUGGCUCUACAGAUGUAUGGAUGUCGUGUCAUUCAAAAGGCAUUGGAGUCCAUUCCUCCAGAGCUUCAGCUGGAGGUCGUUCAGGAGCUAGAUGGUCAUGUCUUGAAGUGUGUCAAGGAUCAGAAUGGCAAUCAUGUAGUACAGAAGUGCAUAGAGUGUGUGGAUCCUGUGGGUCUGCAGUUCAUCGUAGAGGCCUUCCGUGCUCAGGUCUUCUCCCUGUCUACUCAUCCCUAUGGAUGUCGUGUCAUCCAACGUAUCCUAGAACACUGCACGGUAGACCAGACCAAGCCAUUACUGGAUGAACUACAUGAGCACACAGAACAACUUGUACAGGAUCAAUAUGGCAAUUAUGUCAUACAGCACGUGUUGGAGCAUGGUCGUCCUGAGGAUAAGAGCAAGAUUGUGGCAGAGCUGAGAGGAAAUGUGCUACCCCUCAGCCAGCACAAAUUUGCCAGCAAUGUGGUUGAGAAGUGUGUGACACACAGUUCUCGUCCAGAGAGGGCGCUACUUAUUGAUGAGGUCUGCUCUUUUAAUGAUGGAAACAACAGUUCCUUGUACACCAUGAUGAAAGACCAGUAUGCCAACUACGUUGUACAGAAGAUGAUUGAUGUUGCUGAGCCCAACCAGCGCAAGAUCCUGAUGCACAAGAUACGGCCACAUGUUGGCACACUGCGCAAGUUUACCUAUGGCAAGCACAUCCUGGCCAAGUUGGAGAAGUUCUUCAUGAAGAGCAGCAAUGACCUGGGACCCAUUGGUGGGCCUCCUAAUGGGAGCCUCUCUGUUUGAGUGCAUGGCCUUCCAGACUCAGUUGAUGGCCUUCAAGAGUUUGUUGAUGGCCUUCCAAAGCCAGUUGAGCUCCACUUCUGAUCAUGGCCUUUUGGUCUUUGGUAAGUUAACUGUAGGUUUUUUAAGGUUUUGAACUGGAUGGUGUAAGCUUUAAGCUUGUCUGAGUUUGAUGUGAGACAGUUUAUUGGUGGUUGUUGAAAGGAUAUUGUUUGACAUAAACUACGAAUGCAUGUCUUUAAUUAUUGUUAGUUUCAUGAGGGGGUCAUUUAUGGCUUGGAUUUAGGCUUUGUGAAUUUUUUCCGUCAUCUUUAUAUUGCUUUGAUUUAUUGAAUACAAAAUUCUUUUGAUGAUUGAAUAUGUGAGUGAAUACAUAUUUUUAAGGUAAGUGGCAGACAAAAGAUGUGGUGGUGUAAAAAAAAAAACAAAAAAAAAUCUGAAAGAUAAAAUAUUACCAUAAAUUGGGAGCUUACUUGAAGAGUUGAACACUUAUUAUGAAAAAGGAAAACUUGAUUAUGUAAUGUUCUAUGAAUCAUUACAAAAACUUUUAGUUUGAAAUGUUUUGUAUGUCUUUUUAAUUUUUUUAUGUUCUUUAUUACUGUAAAGAAACAUUUUACAUCUUUUUUUGUGUCGGAGGCGAGGUCGUCGUGGUCUUCAGUUAGUUAAUUUUAAAAAGGUGGAAGGAUUUCUACAUUUGUUGAAUAUCUGGGUUCUAUCAUUUGUAAGGAGUGAUGAUGUUUGCUUUUCAAACUUGAAUUUUUAUUUCAUUUUUUAAUCAUUACAAGUUUUUCAGUAAUGCUCAAUAGCAUGUAAGUAUUUAGAAAAUACUAAACAGACAAAAAGUGCCGGCUUUGUUUUUUUUUCCCGGAUUUACUGUAGUUUUUGUGGAGUGUUUGAACAUAAAAAGGCUCAGAUUUAUUAUUAUGCUUGCUUUGUAAGAAACACCCUUUGUAGAAAAUGUAGACAUAAUAGAAUAUGUAUAGUAUAUGCAGUGUUUUUGUAGAUAGUGGUGACCAUUUAGAGCCAUAGUUGGUGUAGGAACAGAGCACUUCAUUUCUGCAGGAAUUUGGAUGAAAAUGUUUAGAGUGUACAUUUUUCAAGAAAGUCAAUUUUGUUAUUAAAAAAAAUAUGACAAACCAUGUUUACAAUUAUUCAAGGAUUUUAGAUCCCUAAAAAGAAUGCCAACUUGCCAAGCAUUGGUGUUGAUCAAGUGCUCCCUUACCUACUAUGGCUCUAGAUAUCAUUCAUAUCUCAGUCAUUUUGGAACAAUAGGGAUAUAUGGUUGUAUAUGUAUUGGUGUAAGAUUGCAUAUAAUUGAAUAUACAUUUAGUGGCAUACAGUAGAAUAGGUGUCUAGACAGUCUAGUUGUAAUUUUGGCUUACUUGUAAGUUUUGCUGUCUCUUUUCAAACCAUUUUUUUUUAUAUUCCCAUGAAAAUUCCCUGUCCUCAAAAUGAAUUUUGAAAAAGAAAAUGCUUAAUUCACAAACCUACAAAAUGUAAAAAUAUAAGUAUUUUUUAAUCAGGUAAAAACACAAACAGUCUUCUUGAGAACAUUUGUCAUGCUUGCAUUUGGAUUUUGUUCCUCCCGAGUGUCUUGUUUUGUAAGUAAGGCAAAUUAGCUGCGCUGUUUGUUCCUUAUCAAAAUAGAAGCUAAGCACGUUGUCUGUAGGUGAAUUCAGUCUUCCAGUAUGUGCCUUGGUAUUAUAAAGGACAGUGUAUUGCAAAUUUUGUUCUACCCAAAUUUCCAUCACAUUUUAAUUUACAGUUAAACAAGAGCUUGAAACCAAAACAAUUUCACGAUUAAUGUGACAUCCAAACAACUGAACUUUGAGUCUUCAUAUUUUCUACAUUAAGAAAAAUCCACCGCCCUGAUUAUUUGUUGGUUUUAUUGUCUUUUUGUUUUCCAAGUCGGAUACUUCCCUUUGUACCCUUUCAGCUCCUCAUCCAGGAUAUCGGCCAGACGGCCACACUUGAGAUAUCCUAGGAUAUUUGGAUGUGCACUCCAAAUAUAUGGGAUGCAGGGUCCAAUUAUGUGAGAAGUAUAUGAAAACUGAACAGGUGAACUCAAUGUUACCUAGUGAUAUUGGUUGCAUGAAAGAUGAAAAUUGAUAAGGAAAACAUACAGUAUCAGUGGAUUAUUUGGUAAACUUUUGAGUGAUUUCAUUGGUUACUUGAAGUAAAAUGUGAUAUUGCAUUGGUUGCUCUUGUAUAGGAGCUUUGUUGGCAACUUAAUUUGAAAAGGAGCAGCCCAGGUCCAAAGAGUCUGGAUGCAGAAGCCACAAAAACAGGUGAAGUCAUCUUCUCAACAGAAGAUGAAAGUUCUUGUCUGUAUUUUGAGGUUGAGUUGUCUGGAACACAUGGAUUAUUUGGGCUGUAGUUGCUGAGUAGAAAUUAAGGGACAGAAUUGUCAUGUGGGAUAUGUGCUCUCCAUCUAAGUCUGCCAUCUGCCAUCUUGGUGGAAACGGUAUCAUUGAUCAGUAUCCAAGACAUAUGAAAAGAAAACACCAUGCUACCCAACCCAGAAGGUUUUCCGAAUACUUCUUGAACAGCUUCUUUUUUUAGUUUAAACUAUAGAAUUUUAGGUUUAUUAAUUGUAUUUUAAAUGUACAUUUGAAUUGUUGGGGUUUUUUUUUGUAAAUUUAUUUCUGACCCUUUUGCUGAUUCCAAACAUGUAAAAGUUGACAAUUUGGUUUUGUUCAAUCCUUUUUUAAGGUUUUGGCAAUUAGUACAUGCGGAUCAAAGAAUGCCCAAAUUGUCAAAGAAAAACCAGUCAAACCAGUCGCACAUAAUGAUGGUGACUGCUGAAAAGUUGCCACAUUGUAUACGCAUUGCAAUGUUAGUCGGUGUCAAGUUUGCCUGAUGAUAAAUUUGUUACCCCACUUGUGCUUGUGGAACACGAAAAAUGUAGUGCAUCUGUGUCGCAUAUGCUGCGAGGCCGAGUUCUAGGCCUGUUUGCUUGUGGGUUAACUUAUAGUGAGUGUUCCUAGUGUGUCUCCAAGUGGAUCAUGCAAUCCUUGAGUGAAUAUGCACAUGAAUAGACUAACUGUCCAUAAUGGAAAUGCCUUACUUUCCCUUGCAUUUGUCUGUUUGAACAGGUGUUAGCAUUUACAUCCCGUAUAUCGGAUAUUCUCCUACAUGAGCUCUUUGGUCUAAGGACUUGACAUUAAGACCUACUGCUUCAAGCAUUCAUUACUAUAACAAGUUGUCAGUGGGCAAUGCUUUAUCCAACAGACUCAAGUUUUUGAUUUGUAAAAAAAAUAAUGUUGUACUGCACUGUCCAUCAAGCAGCAAGGCAUAGCUGGUUCCAUUGGUGCUAAACAUUUGUUUGUAAAGAAAAUCGUUUUCCACUUAAAUAGCUAUCCACACUUUCUGUGGGUACCUCUGUACAUUACGUCGGCCAUUUUUUGCAUUGGUUCGACCCUGUAAAUUACUGUACCAAAUUAAAUAAGUCAUGAGACCUAAGGACAACAAUAUGUACAAGUAUGACGUUUUUGGUGAUUUGCCAAAUGUCCAUGGCUGUUUUCCUAUGGCCUUAAGCAUCAUGCCUAAUCUACCCUUAUCUUGUUGGGCCCAGUUAUCAUAAUCAUUUCAAGCUGGUGUGUAAAUGUAGACCACUCAGUUGAGUAGUGUAUGGCAAAUUAAUUUGUGUCUAGAACAUUUCACAUAGUUGUGUGUGUGGAAGGACAUUGUAGUAAUUCAUGCAGCAAGCUGCCUGUCUGGUGUCCCAUGUAUCAAAUAUUGCACUGAUUUUCUGGGUCUUAUUCUGAUAAAAGAAAUUGACAAGAUGCUUGCUACCUAGAAGCCAUCUUCUAAUAAUCAUGAAAUGUUGACAUUGGCUUAAAUGUUUAAACCCAAAAUGUGAUGUCCAAUGCCCAAUUUGAUAUGUAUGUGUAUAUGCAACAAACUCCAUUCAAUCAGGUCAUUAGCAAGUCAAGAGUACAUUACUCGUACAUUCAUCCUCAACCUGUUCACAAUGUGGUGUCAACAAGCAUCACUCUAAGCUAGUUAUGCUUGUAAUAGGUGGUUUUGUUACAUCCAGAUUACAGCAACAAAAGCUUGCAAAAAUUGUAGAUUCUUUUGGACUUAGACUUAUUGCCAUGAGACUGUGAGACAUGUUUCAUGUGACUUAAUACUAGAUAUAAUAGUCACUUUCCAAGUAAAAUGUGUACAGUACAAUACCUGAUGUGAAUGAAUAUGCACCAGCAAAUGUACAAAAUGUUCCAUAGAUUUUGAACAAUUUUUUUGAAUAUUGACAAUACCAGACAAUAUAUGUACAGUUUUUUGCCUAGUAAGUCGUUUUUGCCAACUAAAUUAGAUGUGAGAUGCCACUCCUUUUGGCACUGCAAUGAUUUUGAUACAACACAGAAGAAAUUAUUUUUCUUUCAGAUUUGCUGCCCUUAAGAAAUUGUGAAUAUCAAUUUGGCCAUUUUUUAUCAUGGUUUUUUGGAUUAGUGCUUAGAUGUAUUGUAUUAUAAUUCCACAUUGACAAGUCGGCUACAUUUCAAAGGGCUUGGUGUAUAUUGAAUAUUUUCUUGCAAAACAUUAAUGGGGAAUUUUUUUAAUCCCAAAAAUUGUUGAUAUUUUGUCGGUCUUAUUGCUUCUUUAUAUCUAUAUAUUUCUCUGUUGUCUUUUUCGUUGGUUGCUUAUAAUUUUUGGGUUGUCAGGAGAUUUUGUUAUAAAUAUCUUAUAAAAACGAGGAUUAAUUUUAUUUGUGCAUACUAAGGUACCCUCAAGAACUGGCUGGUUUGUAAUAUGUUUCCUCCAGUAAGCAUGUAUACAUUGUAGAUUUAUUAUUGAUACUGUAAUUGCAAAUAGUGAACAAUCCUGAACAUUUUCUGCUACUGACCUGUAUAAAAAAAGAUUAUGUACAAAAGAUGUAAAUUCCCGAGUAAACUAUGAAACAAUAAUGUAUAAAAGACUUCCUGCCGGAAAUACAGUUUGACAUGAUGUUGAUAGUGAAAUGAGGUCGUUCCACCAUUAAAUUACAACUUUAAUUGUUGGUGCAAAAGUAGGGUUUUUUCGGGUGGGGGUAGUUUGUUUGUUGCUGGGGUACACAGAUAUAAUAAGUGGCCUUUGACUAUGCAAGAUUUUAAUUGAAAAAAAAAAUGUAAUAAAAAAAUACGUCAGGAGAAAACGUUAUCACGUUAAAAAAUUGUUUACAGUACAUCUUUAAUAAGCUCCAUUUAAUCCCAAUUGAAUGUUGACACGUGAGAUUGGUCAUGCAUACUUUGUGUUUGAUUCUUCAGCUGCUUUUGAUAGCACACGACUUCAUCGUCAUUCUUUUUUUAUCCCAUCCAUAUAGAAUCUGUGUUUUAUUUAUAAAAAAAAAAAAUUCCAAAAAAACAUAAAACAACAACAUAUUGCAUGUGAAGAAGACAAGAGGAUUACUCAAAGUUGAGAGACAAAGAAGCACCAACAAUUAUAGUGUGGACAUUGAAUGGUGGGGGACUUCCUACCCUUCUGUACCAAAACGACGUUGUAAAUUUGUAGUUUUAUUCUUUUCUCUUAGUCUCCCCCCCCCCCGAAACUUGGUCAUUGUGACAUGUUAAAACAUAAAAGCGUACUCCCAUUGACCCUUCGAUACGCCAACAUUGUAACAGUCUUGCAGUUGAUUAUUUUGGUCGAUGUUUCUGUAAAAAAGAAAACAGAUUCUAUCCAUAAUUGAAUUCUUUCUGUCCGGUCUUUCCCUCAAGUUCAACUAAAUCAUACAAAACCUAAAAAUAGUGCCUUGAGCAAAUUAUUCUUUGUAAUAACAAUAGUUGAUUUGCAUUUAUAAUCCUCAGCAUUGUAAAUGGUGUAAAAAUGAAAUCAGCGCAUUUGGCGGAAUUUUUGGUAAAAGACAAUUCUUUUCUUUCAAUUUGGAUAUCUCUUUUUCUAUCAAUGUACCCUAAUUUGUAGAUGCUUGUGCUUAAGAAUCCGUGCCCUGUAAUUCUUUUGUCAACACAGUCCUUAUACUAAAUGGAACGCCUUAUAUUUGGAAGGUUGUCUAGUUUCAAGUUGAAUGGGUUUUUGUUCACUGUGUAUAGUAUGUGACUGGUGUACCUUUCGUUGAGGGUCAGUGUUCAUGUGCUUGGUGUGUGCAAGUUGACACAAAUCUCCGAUUUCUGGCAAUAUCCUCCGUGUGUCACGUGUCGGGUCUCCCAGGAACUGAGUAGCAAAUUAAAUUGGGAAAAAUGCUUCGAGAUAAGUGACCAGUGUCUCAACAUAAAAGGAAAACGCACUGUUUGUGUCUGUAUAGAUUAACCAAGUUCAUCGUGCCAAGCAUGUUGUGCACAGAGUAUAUUACGGUCUUGUAAAAUUUAGUGGAAAUAUUUUCUUUGUAAGAUUAUGUAAUCUAUGUCGUUCUUUGGACCUGCACAUUUUUGAAGACAGCUACAAACUUUUGGUACAGAAAACAUCGGUGUACAUUGAUGUAUUAUCGCGUUCGAACCAAGUAAAUAAAAGAAAUAGACGUUUGUAAUCAAAGUAUGAACAUAGUAUAUGAAUAACGGUAAAUAAAUUGUAAAUGCUUUCUCCUUCCCAAGGUAAUAUAAAUAGGCCAACGUGCCAAAAUUUGUUAAAUAACCAUUUCUCUGUGUAUACAUGUGCCGUAAAUGAGAUAAUUUAUUUCCUGUUUGAUAAAUUUCUUUGAACUUUUUUUUUCUUUUUGGGAAGAAACAAAUUAUUAAAAUAUGGCCGUUGUAGAUUUGUGUAAUUAAUGUAAUAUUUUUCUUUUGUGGCAAGGUGUUUUCGCUGAUAUAAUUUUACAGUUUUAUUUUUAGUUUCACAUUGCAGAGCAGAGUUCAACAAACUCUAGCGAGUAUUGAACCUUUAUUCUGUUUCCUUCCGUAGUGAUUUUUGAUAUUGUAUUCAAAUGCAAACUGGGUUUUUUUGGCGUGAUGCCAAAGUAAGAACACUAAGGACGGACAAUGAAUGGUCAUUCGUUGUAAACCUCGUGAAAGUUAUCUCGAGAUGUUUAUAGUGAAAUGUAGUGUAUAAUGGAUAUGCGUAUGCUGUGCAACGCGUCCAGUGAACAGAGAUGUCUUUUAAGAGUUUAGAAAAGUUGUAUUAAAAAGCUGAUACAAGUGUAAUUGCCUAGUUUAUGCGCAUUAAUAAUUGUACUUCUAGUACCGCUUCAGUGUUUAUUAACAGGCAGAAAAACUCCCAUCCAUCAUAGGUUUUGACUUAUUUACUCAAUAAAAUUUCCAGCUUUUGCAAAUGUGA